AUGGGCGCGACCCGGCUCCUCGACGGCCUCGCUCUCGUCCUGUUGCUCCAAAUCGUUUCUCCCCGGCCUGAUGUAGACAGGAUGAUCCCGAAGCCGGAGGUUUGGAUCAGAGACGCACUGCGGACGCCACUAGAAACCCAGACCCUCAGAGAAGCACCCUGGACUGGCAAAGUCCUCCGCGGGCCCCUCAACAGCCCCCCAUCCAAAUCGCCCCGUAGCCCCGCCAGGAGCCGGCCCAAGCGGCACGGGCCCGAGGAGCAGGGGUGCCGCCUCCGGACCAUGCUGGUGCGCGUCAAGGACCUGGGUUUGGGCUACGGCUCCGAGGAGACCAUCCUCUUCAAGUACUGCAGCGGGAGCUGUCCCAAAGCCCGUGGCAACCACGACCUGACCCUCGCCUUGCUGGUGCAGAAGAGUGAGAUCCCGGCCUUGGGGGAGCCCUGCUGCCGGCCCUCACACUACGAGGACGUGGCCUUUCUGGACGAUGGCCACCAGUGGCAAGAGGUGGAACAGCUCUCGGCGUCUUCCUGCAGCUGCGUGGGCUGA